UAUCGGGAAGUUUCCCAGGGAAAUGAGGUUUAAAUACUUAUUUUAAGCCCUUGACUUUGCCCAAAGGUUAGUUUUGUUUACACUUGUUGAAGUAUUUAAUGGGACUGUGAGUGAUAAUCAAUAUUUGGUAAUUUGAGCUGAUGUCCCGCUAUUGAAAGAAUCUCUCCAAGAUGUCUUCAGGAUCCACAUCUAAGAUGUCCAUGGCCUCCAGAACAUUUUCUCUCCUGUGUAUGGUGACUGUCCUCAACUUGCCAAUUUAUUUGGUGAAUUGCGAAAUGUUCACUGCAAUGACAGAUCUGGAACGUCUAUUAUAUGCAGAAAGAGACAUUGCUGUUGACCUCCGAGAUUAUAUAAGAUUAGAAGAAAAGCGGAUCGAAAAAUUAAGAGCCGUGGUAAGUGAUUACGAAUCUCACAGCAGCGACGCCUUGAGGGACAAAGAAAAAUAUCUUGGGAAUCCAGUCAAUCUUUAUCUGCUUGUGAAAAGAUUCACGAUGGAGUUUGAUGAUGUGCUCUCAAAAUUCAUCACAAAUGAUACCACAAAAGCUUUUCUCGAUCGACUUGCAGGGAAGCAGAAAAGUUUCCCAAGUGGUGAUGACCUCAGUGGUGCCAUCAAUGCUCUGCUUCGUAUCCAAGACACAUAUCAAAUCCCUUCUGCCAAGAUGGCAAGUGGUAAAUUCCUCGACAGUGCCUCAACACUUAUCUCACCAGAAUUAACAGCCAGCGACUGCUUCAUCUUUGGCCAGACAGCCUACAAUGAUGAUGAUUGGUACCACACCAUACUCUGGAUGGAGGAAGCGCUUGAUAGAAUCAGAUUAGGAAAUGAUGAAUCUUCAAGUGUAUCAAAAGUCUCAAUCAUCGAUUAUUUGGCUUUUGCUGCCUUUAAGCAAGGGAAUAUUAAGUAUGCCCUCAAGCUCACCAACGAAUUGAUAGAAGAAGAUCCAGGUCAUAUACGAGCACAAAACAACAAAAUAUACUAUGACAAGCUCUUAGCUCAAGAGGCAGCUAAAAAUCCUGGGAGAGAGGCCGAUGAAUCUCAUGGUGUUAUCAAUACACGGUAUUUAGAUGAAUUCAGAAACACGGAAGAGUUCUUGGGUUAUGAAAAACUGUGUAGGGGAGAGGUCACGCACCCUGCGCCCAAAAAACUGAAAUGUCGUUAUGUCCAUCGUAAGAAUCCGCUGCUGUGGUUGAGUCCGCUCAAGGAGGAAACUAUGCAUGACAAACCGAGGAUAGACGUCUAUCACGGUAUGCUGUCCGAUCGUGAAAUUGAGGUGGUGAAAAGGCUGGCCAGACCAAGGCUUGGCAGGGCUACUGUACAGAAUUCACAAACUGGUGUACUGGAAACAGCCAGCUAUAGAAUCAGCAAGAGUGCAUGGUUGAAGAAUCAUGAGCACAAAGUGGUCAGACGCAUCAGUGAGAGAAUUGAAGCCCUGACUGGGUUAGACAUGUCUACAGCUGAGGAACUACAGGUGGCAAAUUAUGGAAUUGGAGGCCAUUAUGAACCCCAUUUUGACUUUGCGAGGAAAGAGGAAAAAAGUGCCUUUGAACCAGAAAUAGGAAAUCGAGUUGCAACUAUGUUAUUUUAUAAAACUGAGUACAGAAAAGAGCCUUUUAAACGCCUCGGAACAGGCAACCGGAUAGCCACUUUGAUGUUCUAUAUGAGUGAUGUAGAAGCUGGUGGUGCAACCGUGUUCCCACAUAUUGGAGCAAAGGUUUUCCCCGAGAAGGGGAAGGGUGUGUUCUGGUAUAACCUGCACAAAAGUGGAGAGGGUGAUCUCCUGACAAGACAUGCAGCCUGUCCUGUGUUAGCUGGAAUAAAAUGGGUUUCCAAUAAAUGGAUUCAUGAGCGUGGACAAGAAUUCCGUCGGCCAUGUAGCACGAAUAAAGACCUAUGAGAAUGGUGUCUUGGUCGUAUCGACUGCUUACAUCCAUCCAUGGCGUUCAUGUUUUCGUACCUCAUAUUAGUUCAUGUACAGUAGAUUCAUCUUCCGAAUAAUGGGAAAAAUCCCCUUUACUUUGUUUAGUUUUGGUGGAAGUGUGUUUGAUAAUCAAUGUUAUUCUGGAUGUGUUAUAUGAUCAGCUAACUUAAGAUAUCGCACUCUCUUCUCUACUUUAUUCCCAUUCUUUAACAUGCAUUCAUGUAUGCUGUUCAACCUGAGUUGCAUGCGGCAGUAUAAUAGUCGAUAUGCUUUUAAUCCACUGAAAUUUGAUCAAUUUGAAAAGGAUAUUCAGUGUAUUUCUGUGAUGAGGGCUGUAGAUCAUGGUCUAAAAUCUUCACAAGAAGUUGCCAUCAAAGAUCACGUUUCCCUUUCAAGGAAUACAUGUAUGUAGCAUAAUACUAGAACAUGAAGCAGUUUGAUUUUGAUUGGGGUGAGGCAAACUUUGUUACUUUAGAAAUUUGUAAUCAGUACUUGUUUAAUGCAUUCUUGUAAAGAACCUCGUACUCCAGGGCAUCUGGACUCCUCCCCUUCCUUCAUGUGAAAUUAGUGUUGGUGCUAGACAGAUUCAGUUUAAUGUAAAGCUUAUAUGUGUACUAUACAAUACAUACAGGGUGUCCCAAGAAGAACUAGCACAUUUUAUGGCCAAAGUAAGGCCCCCUUGGCCCCAUCACUGAUGUUUUCGGUAAAACUUAUGAUAAGUUCUUUUUGUGACACUCUCUAUAUUAUAUUGGUGCUUGGUGUUUAACAUCAGUUGUCUUUUUGUAUGCCUUGCAUAGGAAUUGCCUUUAAGCUGUCCAUCUUUUGGAAACUCCAAUUUUAUCCAGUUUAGAUGCGGUAUUCUCAGAGCUUUCAAUUCCAUUGUGGGUUCCAUUGUAAAUAAAGUGCCUGUUAUUGUCAUUGCCAAUGAAAUAUGACACAUAUCCUGCAACGAAACCCUGUACUGUGAGUAGUGCAUGUCUUUGAGGUUUGCCAGAACUGUAGAUUGGAUGAUGGGGGGAGCAAUGUAUAUCACAGUUUCAUUUCAUCUUUGUUAGAGGACCUGUAAUUUCAUUCAGGACUUUGACAUGCUUGACAAUAGAAAUGAUUAUUAAACGGUCACAAGUUUUUAGUCAAACAUGUAAAAGUUUAGCAGUUGAUUUUGUAGGUUUCUCGAAACUCAUUAGAUACAUUGGGAUAUUGCUUUUAUGAUAUUUUGAUACACAACCUUUGCAUUUAGUAUUGUCUUUUUGUGAUGGCGAGUGAUCAAAAAAGAAUCUAACCUGAAAAUACUCGUCGAUUGUGGUCGUUUGGUUUUAUUACUUCUAGUUACUCAAGACUAUGUGAAAGACUACAUUUUUGUCUUUGAAGGACUCAGACGUUGUACAAGUUGUUUUCUGCCUGGGCUAUCUGUUGCAAGGUAAAAAAUAAAACGCAGGAUUCAGAAAUAGACCUCAAUGUCAUUUUGUAUAGUUAGAGCUUUUUCAAUGCCAAUAGACCCAUAUACCAUAUCACUGGUAGGCUAAUACAUGUAGAUUGUAAACAUUCUGGUCAAUUUAUGCUGAUUGUAUUUUGAUUCAAUUUUAAAUUUUAACCUAAUUCAGUGGUUUUUUGCAAGACGAACAAAAUGAAUUCAGCUUAUAUGAAAUCAAAACUGGUUUCAUUAGUUUUUUAGAGAUCUGCAGUUCCCUCCAACCAUUGUUAUUAUCCAGUAUGCUUUAUCAUUUGAAAUCACAUUGUAUACAGCCAAUUUUUUAGUAUUGAAAUAAAGUGAGAUCAUAGUUUUA